GUUAUCUUCCAAACGCGAGCCGACCUCUUGCCCUUUGUUUCACUCUCUUCCCCAAAUCAACGAUUCAUUCGUUCUCUGAUUUUAGCAAUCAUGGCGGACGAUGAUGUGAAGGAUGAGAUCCCGGAACUUUCAUCAUUUGACCCUACUAAAAAGAAGAAAAAGAAGAAGGUUGUGAUUCAAGACCCUGCUGAUGAUCCUGUCGAUAAGUUAGCCGAGAAAACUGAAUCCUUAUCGGUUUCUGAAGGGCUUGACUUCAGCAACAUGAAAAAGAAGAAGAAAAAACAAGUAGAGGCCAACACAUUCGAGGAGGAAAGUGGGGAUGCUGGAGAUGAUUUGGAUGGUCAUAUCGAUGGGGAUGAAGAAGGUGAAGGUAUUCCCUUGCGACAACGCUAUCCCUGGGAAGAAAGUGACCGUGAUUACUUGUAUGAGGAGCUUCUUGGUCAUGUGUUCAACAUUCUCAAGGAGAACAAUCCUGAGCUUGCCGGAGAUAGGCGUAGAACUGUUAUGAGGCCUCCACAAGUUCUUCGUGAAGGAACCAAGAAGACUGUAUUUGUGAAUUUCAUGGAUCUAUGCAAGACAAUGCAUCGACAACCAGACCAUGUCAUGGCCUUCUUGCUUGCUGAGUUGGGGACAAGUGGAUCACUUGAUGGGCAGCAAAGGUUGGUUGUGAAGGGAAGGUUUGCGCCCAAAAAUUUUGAAGGGAUCCUAAGGCGUUACAUCAAUGAGUAUGUUAUAUGCCUUGGAUGCAAAAGUCCGGAUACAAUUCUCUCAAAGGAGAAUCGUCUUUUCUUUCUCAGAUGUGAAAAGUGUGGGUCUGGACGAUCAGUUGCUCCAAUUAAAGCUGGUUUCGUUGCCCGUGUCGGCCGCAGAAAUGCUGGCACUUAAGUUUCUUGAUUCGGCCAAAAACGAUAUCUAGAGUCGAGGAAUUAACAUCAAAUAUCUACUCAUAUUGUUGAUGAGAUUUUGGAUGGUACUCAAAGAAUGAAUGUGUUUUGUGAGUUGCUAUUUCCUUAUGUGAUCACUUGCUUAUGCUACAAUCUAUUCUCUGAAAAUGACUAUUACAAGUUGUAUUCUCUC